AUGUAUGCAACUAUUUUAGAUGAAGGGCACUUUCAGUUAAAAUCUAUUUCAAAUAAAAAUAAAUUCAAGUAAUCUACCAAAACAAUUCAAUCACUUAAAAAUCCCAAAUAAUACCCUUUAUUGAAAAAUGGCUAUUAAUAGCUUGAAGAAGAUAAAGACUUGAGCUUAGAGGAUAACCAAAGAAGCCAUAUUUUGUUGUUCCAUAAAAUAUAAAGCAAAAUAUUUGGAAUGAAUCCUUCACAAAUACUUUAUGAUUUAUAUGGUAUGGACUUAGAAUAUGCAAAGUGA